AUGGCGAAGAGGGAGGACAGCCCUGGCCCGGAGGUCCAGCCGAUGGACAAGCAGUUCCUGGUGUGCAGCAUCUGCCUGGAUCGGUACCGGUGCCCCAAGGUUCUGCCCUGUCUGCACACCUUUUGUGAAAGAUGCCUCCAGAACUACAUCCCUGCCCAGAGCCUGACACUGUCCUGUCCCGUGUGCCGGCAGACAUCCAUCCUCCCCGAGCAGGGCGUCUCCGCGUUGCAGAACAACUUCUUCAUCAGCAGCCUCAUGGAGGCCAUGCAGCAGGCACCUGAUGGGGCCCACGACCCCGAGGACCCCCACCCCCUCAGCGCAGUGGCUGGCCGCCCCCUCUCCUGCCCCAACCAUGAAGGCAAGACGAUGGAGUUUUACUGUGAGGCCUGUGAGACAGCCAUGUGCGGGGAGUGCCGCGCCGGCGAGCACCGGGAGCAUGGCACGGUGCUGCUGCGCGACGUGGUGGAGCAGCACAAGGCGGCCCUGCAGCGCCAGCUCGAGGCGGUGCGCGGCCGACUGCCACAGCUGUCCGCAGCUAUCGCCUUAGUCGGGGGCAUCAGCCAGCAGCUGCAGGAGCGCAAGGCAGAGGCCCUGGCCCAGAUCAGCUCAGCCUUCGAGGACCUGGAGCAAGCGUUGCAGCAGCGCAAGCAGGCUCUGGUCAGCGACCUGGAGGCCAUCUGUGGGGCCAAGCAGAAGGUGUUGCAGACCCAGCUAGACACACUGCGUCAGGGUCAGGAACACAUCGGCAGCAGCUGCAGCUUCGCGGAGCAGGCACUGCGCCUGGGCUCGGCCCCGGAGGUGCUGCUGGUGCGCAAGCACAUGCGAGAGCGGCUGGCGGCUUUGGCGGCGCAGGCCUUCCCGGAGCGGCCCCACGAGAACGCGCAGCUGGAACUAGUCCUCGAGGUCGAUGGGCUGCGGAGAUCGGUGCUCAAUCUGGGCGCACUGCUCACUACCAGUGCCACUGCCCACGAGACGGUGGCCACGGGCGAGGGCUUGCGCCAGGCGCUGGUGGGCCAGCCCGCCUCGCUCACCGUCACUACCAAAGACAAGGAUGGGCGGCUGGUGCGCACAGGCAGCGCCGAGCUGCGUGCGGAGAUCACGGGCCCGGAUGGCACGCGUCUGCCGGUGCCCGUGGUGGACCACAAGAAUGGCACGUACGAGCUGGUGUACACGGCGCGUACGGAAGGCGAGCUGCUCCUCUCGGUGCUGCUCUAUGGACAGCCGGUGCGCGGUAGCCCCUUCCGCGUGCGUGCCCUGCGCCCUGGGGACCUGCCACCUUCCCCGGACGACGUCAAGCGCCGCGUCAAGUCUCCUGGCGGCCCGGGCAGCCACGUGCGCCAGAAGGCUGUGCGAAGGCCCAGCUCCAUGUACAGCACGGGCGGCAAACGAAAGGACAACCCCAUUGAGGAUGAGCUAGUCUUCCGAGUUGGGAGUCGUGGAAGGGAGAAGGGUGAAUUCACCAAUUUACAGGGUGUGUCCGCAGCCAGCAGCGGCCGCAUAGUGGUAGCAGACAGCAACAACCAAUGUAUCCAGGUUUUCUCCAAUGAAGGCCAGUUCAAGUUCCGCUUCGGGGUCCGAGGGCGCUCGCCCGGGCAGCUGCAGCGCCCCACGGGUGUGGCCGUGGACACCAAUGGAGACAUUAUCGUGGCAGACUAUGACAACCGUUGGGUCAGCAUCUUCUCCCCUGAGGGCAAGUUCAAGACCAAGAUAGGAGCUGGCCGCCUCAUGGGCCCCAAGGGAGUGGCUGUAGACCGGAACGGACAUAUCAUUGUGGUCGACAACAAGUCCUGCUGCGUCUUCACCUUCCAGCCCAAUGGCAAGCUGGUGGGCCGUUUUGGGGGCCGCGGGGCCACUGACCGCCACUUUGCAGGGCCCCAUUUUGUGGCUGUGAACAACAAGAAUGAGAUUGUAGUGACGGAUUUCCAUAACCAUUCAGUGAAGGUUUACAGUGCCGACGGGGAGUUCCUCUUCAAGUUUGGCUCCCACGGCGAGGGCAACGGGCAGUUCAAUGCUCCCACGGGGGUAGCCGUGGACUCCAAUGGGAACAUCAUCGUGGCCGACUGGGGCAACAGCCGCAUCCAGGUAUUCGACAGCUCUGGCUCCUUCCUGUCCUAUAUCAACACAUCUGCAGAGCCACUGUAUGGCCCCCAGGGCCUGGCACUGACCUCGGAUGGCCAUGUGGUGGUGGCUGACGCCGGCAACCACUGCUUUAAGGCCUAUCGCUACCUCCAGUAG